AUGACCGAGAUCGUGACGAGCCAAACCCCUCCGAUCCUCCACGGACCAUCGGAAAAGGAGAAGAAGUACGACCGGCAGCUCAGACUAUGGGCCGCAAGCGGCCAAGCAGCCCUCGAGUCAGCAAAUAUUUUGUUGGUCAAUUCCGGCGCUGGUACUGUUGGUGUCGAGACCCUGAAGAACUUGGUGCUGCCGGGCAUUGGUAAAUUUACCAUUGUUGACGACGCUAUUGUGAGCGAGACGGAUCUGGGAGUCAACUUUUUCCUCGAUGAGAGUUGCUUGGGAAAACUCCGCUCACAAUGCUGUGCCGAACUGUUGCAAGAAUUGAAUCCCGAUGCUCAGGGUGACUGGUAUCCGAAGGAGAAGGCUUCUGUGAACCUGGGCCAAAUUCUGGACAGCAUGCCGAUGUAUACUCUCAUCAUGUACACUCUGCCCAUCAGACCGGAGGACUUGGCUGCUAUCAAGACUUAUGGGCGCAAACACCAGACCCCUCUGAUCUCGAUCCAUUCGGCGGGCUUCUAUUCAUAUUUCCAAAUCAAUCUACCUGGAGCGUUCCCCAUCGUAGACACUCAUCCGGAAGUCGAGAAGACGGUGGACCUGCGUCUCCUGCACCCAUGGCCAGAACUGGUCAAGUUCUCGCAGGAGAUGACGAAGGAUAUCGACAGUGCCAGUGACCACGACCAUGGUCAUUUGCCCUAUGUCGUCAUACUACUUCAUUAUCUGGAGAAGUGGAAGGAAGGAAACGGUGGCGAAUAUCCCACCGAGUACAAGGCCAAGAUGGCCUUCCGGAAGAUGGUCUCGGAAAUGGCAAGAACAAACAACCCCGAGGGUGGAGAGGAGAACUUUCAGGAGGCAGUGAGUGCUGUGAAUCGAAACGUCAAGAAGCCCCAGCUUGAACAAUCACUUGAGGAAGUCUUCGACCACAAACUCUCUAAUGAGGUCGAGAUGAGCUCAUCAUUCUGGAUGAUCGCAAGAGCAAUGAAGAAGUUCUACCAGAAAAACGGCUGCUUGCCCUUACCUGGUGGCCUACCCGACAUGAAAGCCCAAUCAAGCGUCUAUGUCAAGUUGCAGAGUAUCUACAAGGCUAAAGCUCGGAAAGACGCCCUCGAAGUACUGGAGACAGUCAGGUCUAGUCCAGGUGGCAAAGAUGUCGAUCCUGCGGAGGUGGACAUGUUUUGCAAGAACGCUUCAUUUGUGAAGCUAGUCAAUGCAACAGCAGAAGGCCGAGACUUCAAGCAAAUACUACAGCAGGAGAAGCAGAACGACGAGCUCGCCGAGGCCAUCGGGACGCCAUUGUCCCUGCUGCCCAUCUAUCUCGCACUUUCGGCAACCUCUCAUAAGCCUCUAGCUUCUGCUGACGAGAUCAAGGCAGAUAUUGUUGGGAUCUGGCCAGAUGUAGCCGAUGAUAUGCGCGUCAUGCAAUCUUCUGAGGAGGUUGCUCGAGCCGGUGGCGGCGAACUUCACAAUAUAUCCGCCUUGACAGGAGGGAUGGUGGCGCAAGAAGCAAUCAAGAUCAUUACGAAGCAGUACAUACCCAUCGACAAUACUUGUAUAUUCGACGGUAUCAGCAGCCGGUGCCAGGUACUUCGCUUAUAG